GGACUACUUCCAAAAUCGCAGCCCUAGAGUCAAGUAUUCUACAAUGGAUGCAAUAGACGGAGGUUCGUCAGAGUCCCCAGUUUCCACAAUGGUGGAUCCUCCGCCCCCGAAGAUAGCAACAGACGCAGGAUCUGACUGUGCUUCCGACAAAGAAUCAGAUAUAUUUUACAUCGGAGAAAGAAGAUUCCGCAAAGCCAACGUCAAAGAUAAGGAAUUUCAACGACAAUCUCUGCUCUUCGAAGACCAAUUCGUCCGGAGCGAGGGUUUCGAAAUAACUUGGGAUAAAUUUGACUACAUGUUCGAUAGUUUUGAUCUGGCUUGGUGGACACCUCUUGAAAGCGACAAGACCAAUGAGCAGUUGGUCCGCAUCAUGAUAAACGAUGCCAUUGACAAGCACAAUGAAGAGAAUGGAGCCAAUCUUGAGUUUGUUAAACACGUGAAAACUAAUUUCUGGGGUUGUGCUGGUUAUUGCUUUUGGAUUACAUUUCUCGCUAGGGAUUUGUCAUCAAACUCAGAUAUUAAAGUUUACCAAACUAAGGUGCGGAGAUUUAUGGGUAAGAAUACGGUGCGUAUAUUCAGGGAAAGGCCCACAGACGAAGAAAUUGCUUCUGUGCACGUGGAGCUUCCCGAAUAUGAGUGCUUCAAGUGAGCUAGAAGCUCAAGCAUUGCCUCGUUGAAUGACCCCCGAAGAGGCCAGGAAGUUGAUUGCUAAUGGUGUUAAAGACUAUAAUUAUUGCCAUAAUUAUAUUGUACUCCAUAUGUAUCGUAUUAUUAUAAUAUAACAAUAACAAUCAUAUUUAUCAUCAUAGAUUCAUAGCUGUCUUGUCUUUGGUGCAAGUUCAAGCAGUACAAGUCAUGUAUCCCUUGAGUUUAUCUAUCCAGGGGUGGAGACAGGGAGGGGCUGGAGGUGGCCACGGCCCCUGCAAGAAAAAAAUUCUUAAGUAUAUAUUAUGUAUAAAUACUUUUAAUCUGUAGAAAGUAUGUUGAUAUUUUACACUUUGGCCCCUGCAAUGUAAAAUUGUUAAGGACCGGCCCCUUUAACCCUAAAUGUUUGGCUCCGCCACUAUAUCUAUCUAUCUAUAUAAUUAUGAAUUAUAUGUAGGAAA